AUGGGAAAAGAAAGGACGCAGACAAAGAAAUCAGCGGAUGAACCCAGUUCAUAUUGGUGCUCUGUACCUGGCUGUACUGCCGAUGGUCGGAAGAAAGCCAUUUUAGCUGCCUAUCCAUGGAUGAAAGGUGUGACAUUUCAUGCCUACCCAGGACCGCAUCGCAAUCCUUCGCUGCGACGCAGGUGGCUCAAUCAGAUUUUUCGCGAAGAAAAAUAUGAUCCUGGAAGGCAUCACAGAGUGUGUUCCUUACAUUUCGUUGAUGGCUGUCCAUUGGAACAGCAUCCAGUACCUACCUUGUUUCCUCGAAAUAACUUUGGAGAAGGCCCACCUUUGAAUAGAAGCAGGAAAUCCAUUGACAAAAGGGAGAUUUUAAAGGAUCUCAACAAUAAUACUGCAGAUUGGCAACCUCAGGUUUCAACAAUGGGUGUCACUGUACUUCAUGAUGGAAGUGUAAUCCCUUUGCCCGUACAUAGUGAGUGCAUAGUCAGUACCACCAUAGUGAAUGAGGAGAAUGCAGAAGUGAAGCAUGGGAAAAUAGCAACUAAAAUCAAACAAAAACUGCACACAGAUCAUGAAUACAGUACUGCACACAGAAAGUACCCAGAGUACAGUAAUGCAGAAGUCCAAACAGAUCUUUCCGUACAUGAUAUAAACAUCAUGGAGACAGAGAGUGCCAGUUAUUCCAAAGGGAAUGUUUUGCGUGAAAUGUUUGUUCAUAAAGCCACAAGCUCUGAUGCAUCAGUCAGAAGAUAUUUUGGGUUACCCAGUAUUUCUAUACUUUUUGGUCUAUUCAGCAUACUUGAAAAUGCAUGCAAGAAACUCAAAUAUUGGUCUGGCAAAGAUAGCAUAGAUGAAAAGCGCUAUGAAGAGGGCAAUGCUAGAAAACCUGGUCCUGAGAGAAAGCUCACAAUGUUCCACGAGUACCUUCUUACGCUACUUAGAAUUCGUCAGGAUUUAAACAUAGGUAUUCUUAAGGAUAUUUUUGGAAUAUCGGAGAGUCGUGUGUCCCAAAUCUUCAAUACUUGGAUAAACUACAUGUAUCGAGUGUUUGCUCCUCAGAUUAAAUGGCCAUCCAUGCAGAAAAUACGGAAAUUUAUGCCCAGAUCAUUUAAGGCAUCAUUUCCUAAUACUCGUGUAAUUAUCGACUGUACUGAGGUAUUCAUCCAGAAACCUAGAAGUCCAACAGCUCAAAGCCAGACAUACAGUAACUAUAAGAAUCAUAAUACUUUUAAAGCACUAGUGGGCAUAACUCCGUCUGGAGCAUUUUCCUUUAUAUCCGAAUUUUGGGGAGGAAAUGUAUCCGAUAGAUUUAUAACAGCAAACAGUGGUUUUCUUGAUAAAAUUUCACCAGGUGACGAGGUGAUGGCAGAUCGUGGUUUUGUUAUAAGAGAUUACUUGCUGGAACGGAGAGCAAAAUUAGUGAUUCCACCAUUCACUCAGAAAUGUGCUUGGGGCAAGGGCAAGACACUAUCACCUACACAAAUCAGACAAACAAGACAAAUUGCAAGACUUCGCAUUCACGUUGAAAGAGCCAUUCAACGACUUAAGACCUAUCGAAUUUUAUCGGGUAUAAUGCCUUUAACCUUGAAACCAAUUGCAGAUCAAAUUUUGGUUGUAGCUGCUUUUCUGUGCAACAUUGAUUCUCCACUUGUUAAAAAGUAAAAAAAAAAUGUGCAUUUUCCAUUCAUAAUUUUACAAGAGAACCAACUUUUUUUCCUUGCAUUUACCUUGUUAACUUUGAUAAUAGCUAUUGAUUUAAAAUACA